AUGAUCUCCGAUGGAAGUCCGGGUGGUAACAAUGGUGAACCGCCACCUCGGAACACAUCGUUGCAGAAGGAAACCUCUUCGGUGCGAUCCCAAUCCAGCUCCGACUCCAGGAAAGACGAUUUGAAGGCGGUUGGACUGAGUACCAUUUCUGUGUCCGAAGAUGCAGUCCCAAUCCCUGUUGACCCGGAGGAACUCAAAGGACUCAAGGUGCGAAUGACAAUUUAAUCCUUCAUUAUUAGAUGUUACAUAAGUAAACUUAUCUUUAUUACGUUACCUUCUAGGCCAGAGAACAUUUAUUUACUCGCCGUCGUGGCUACUCUUAUCAUUGUGUGGUCGUAAGGUACCGGAAAGGCGCUAAAUUUGGUCUGGUUAUCAAGAAUGCCGACAAUUCCAUCUUCGUUUCCAAAAUGGACCCGAAUUCGUUGUGCGUUGACAAACUGAUGGUAAGGUCUAUAUAAUAGAACUUGUCUACCAAAUCCGUUUCUUUUAGAUCGGUGACCGAUUGAUUGAUGUAGACGGCACUCCCAUCAAGGACCGUGAAGAAGCCAAGAAGCUGAUGCUCCAGAGAUUGGGAGCCACCAGGAAAGUCAGCUUCAUCGUCGAACGGCCAGUAUCAUCCGAAGCCAAACUUUGUGUCAAGACGGCUCUCCUCUCAGCUUCUACCAGAACAUCAUCCACAGCUCCACGAGAAAAAGGAAAAUGGGCCGCCAGAUCCGCCUUACAACGAGAGAACGCCAAAAAGAGCAGUCAAGAAGGAUAUCAUUAA